AUGGCAGAGUCAGCUAGUGUUGCUGUUAAUGGCACAAAAAAGUGUCCGUCUUUAACUUUUAACAAGAAUACAGAAGACCAUGCUAAAUUAUCAGAAUUAUUUGAAUCGACAACAAUAAACCUUGAUACUCCCCUGUCUUUGAAGAAUAAAUGGGUGAUAUGGGAACAGAUAGUAAAGAUGCCAGAACACUCCCAAAAUGAUUAUAAAGAACACACAAAACCAUUGGUUUCAUUUGAUUCUGUACAGGCCUUUUGGAAUUUGUGGUUUAAUAUUCCACAACCCAGUGAAUUGGCUACCAAUAAAAGAUUGGCCCGUGAGUGUUCCGACGGUUCUGAGCAUUUUGUUGACGCCAUUAUGGUGUUCAGGGACGGAGUGCAACCAAUGUGGGAAGAUCCGUUGAAUAAGGAUGGAGGACACUUCGAUUACCGUUUCAGACCAACAGAUGUACAACAACUCACAGUGGAUGAAUACUGGAAUAACAUUAUUUUGGGACUUGUAGGAUCAACCAUUCCACUUUGCGAGUUUAUUAAUGGAGUUAGAUUAGUGGACAAACUCAGCUCACGUUUCCCAGUCCUCAGAAUAGAAGUCUGGUUCAAAAAUUUGGGAGAAGCAAAUGAUCCUACACAACUCAUGAAAUCUGUAGGCUCAUGUAUGGCACGAAAACUUGACGGUAGUGUUGGAACAAUACCUAAGGGUGAUUUAAAAUGGCAUUAA